AUGGUGGAGAGGCUGUGCCAGUCCUCGGGUACCCCGCUGUACCAGCUGGACCAGCCCAUCUACCACAACUUCCCCUCCCUGCAUGCCCUCGCAGGUACCACCUCAACUACCACCAACACCACUCUGGCUGUCUGUCUGACAUCUUUCUAUCUCGCUCUUUCAAAUCCUUUAUGCUUCUCUUUGUGUCUAUGCCUCUGACAUGUCCUCUGUGCUCUGAUUGGCAGACAGCAGUGUGGAGGCAUGUCUGAGGGUACUGGGGUUUGGGUACAGGGCCAGGUUUCUGCAGCAGAGUGCCAGAGAGAUCCUGGACUCACACGGCGGACCCCAGUGGCUACCUGCAGGCUGGGGAUACACUGCGCACUCUGCCCAGGGUUGGCCCCAAGGUAUGCCUCAACCCUUCAGGGCAAUUAAGGGUGCAUCUCCAAAGGGUGCAGCUGAGGAAUGGCUUUCUAUGAACCAACUGUAUGUAGUGCAUUAUUGUUAAUAUAUUUUUUUGCCUCUGUUUAUAAAGGCUUUUGGAAGGAGCCAUGAGUUCUUCUGAAUGCCAAUAGCAAGUCUUGGAAUGAAUCGGUGUGAUAGAGGCCACCACUAUGAAUGCAUUAUACACAGGCAUAAAAACUGUUACCUGUGUUCCACCUGUAGGUGGCAGACUGUGUGUGUCUGAUGGACAAGGCCUGUGUUGUGCCUGUGGACACGUGUGGCAGAUUGCUAAACGAGGCUACAGCUGUGCGGUGGGCAACGGGCAGAAAAGCCUCACAGACAAGGUCCACUGUGAGAUUGGUGAGGAUUCACCCUACAGGAAGUGCUUAACAACCUCAAACCGUGUCAUUCUGAACAAACCAUCACUGAUUGAUUUUAUUUCUGCAUAGGGGACUUCUUCAGACAGCUAUGGGGUCCUUACGCUGGUUGGGCACACUCGGUGAGUAGCACACAAACUAGUGGUCGGAAUCAAUCCCCUCUUCUCUUCACUAUCCCUCUCUACUCUCUUUCUCUCUCUCUAAUCUAUAAAGGCAGUCCUAAAUUGAGACACCGGUUACUUGAACUUUCACUAAGUCAUGCAUUGAUGUCAAUGGAGCAUGACUGUCUCUCACUCUCUCAGGUGUUCUGUGCUGCCCUGAAAAAGUUCCAGAAGCUGAAAGAAACACCCUCUCUGAAACAGGAGGAGGAGAAGAAGGUCAAGACCAAGACAUAG